AUGAAUUCGGAGCACCGGUCGGCAGCGCGGCUUCUGAGCACAAGCGCAGCGCCCAACAUAGCGGCUGAAAUAACCCACGACGUGCUCACGCGAUGGAGCGCAGAAUACACACAAACGCAAGCCCAAUUGCAAGGGGACCCGGCUUUGUCUGUUAUGCUCUCCGGCACCCAGCAGCUCAUGCGCCUGGGCCAGUACAUCACGACAUUUCGCGUCAGAUCCGACCGUGAGCAGCUGCGCAGACAGGCGGAGUACGAUCGCCAGCAGGUACGCAACAUCGUCGACAGCACCGCGCACCUGGUGGCCGGCGGCUUCCGCAUGCUGCUCGCUAGGGCGGCAGGAGGCAAAUCAGGCAGCGCACUAAGCGCAGUGGAUGCUGGCGCUCUGGAGGCUAUUGCUGCUGCUGCUGAGCAUCUUAUUGUGCGUGGUGGUGAUCCUGCGGCAACAGUUGCUGGGUUGGCGCUGGUCGGCGGCGUCGUGCUGGCUUUGCGGCUGGAGGUGGUGGCUGGCGUGGCUGCUGAGCGCGUGUGGGCGGCGUUUGUGCACUUGGCCAAGGCCGCUAUCCGCGAAUGUGCGGGCAGAAACUGGCUGUGGGCCGCUCUGGCGGUGUGUGUCGAGGCGGCGCCGCAGGGCGAGCAUCUGCGCGGGCUGGCGGAGGACGGCUGCGUGCUCAAGGGGUUUGCGCAGCUGGUAUUUGAUCCGCAGAGCGGCUUUUUGGCGCGCGUGCCGGGCCAUGCUGCGGAGCUGGAGCUGGAGCCGGAGCCGGAGCAUGCAGUGGGGCUGGUGUCUGCGCUGGCCACAGCAGCGUCGACGCGCUUCCCCGACGUCCUGCGGCUGGUCCAGCUGGUGCACGCCAAUGCCACCGACGUGCUCGUGUCGGCCGAGCACUCGCGCAAUCAGCCGGGCCGCGCCACGGCCGCUGGGCUGCGCACGUUGGCCAUCUUGCACGUGCUCGACGCCAUUCUGCAGCGGUACUUCGUCGACGAUGCGUACCUGGGUGUCGCCGAGGGCGACCUGGUGGACGCCUGGUGCGCGGUGGUGGACAGCCUGGCUGCCGUGCAUUUCGUGACGCUGCGGCUUGGCGGCCGCGCAGGCACAGAGGCUUUCCGGCGUGCGAGCACUGUGGCUGUUCGCUUUAUCUCCGGCUGCAGCGCGCCGGCCGUGGAUGCGGCGGUGCGCAGGGCGUUUGGCACGCAGCCUUGCCUUUGCUUCAUGGCGCAGCGGCCAGUGUCUGCGAUUGGCGGCGAGCGCAGCUGCCUGGUGCUGUUCUACCUGGACCUGUGCGAGCACCUGGUGCCACUCAUCUCGGCCAACUCGCUGGCCAUGCUAGUGCUGCCCCUGGCCGCGCGGUAUGCCGGCGGCGAGGUGGUGGGCAAGGUGGGCGCCGAGUGGUUCGAGUCGGCGCACGCGCUCGUGCUGGCCGUGCUCGAGGCAGGCACGGGCAGUGGUGCCGUGCAGCGGGUGGGCAUGGAGGCUGUGCCGUGGUACUCUGGCCUUGUUCUGCGCCUGUAUCCGGACCAGGGAAUCUCAGCGAAUCUGCUGCGCAUUGCCUUCACUGCAAGCGUGCGCUGCCUGGCGGCGAUCGCUGACGGCGACUCGGCGGAUGUCGCGCGGCUACUGGCCUGGGACUGCGUGAGCAUGCUGCUUGGCCGCAUCGACGCUAUACCCUCUGAUGGGCAUCGCCCUACUUCUGGCCGGGUGCGCGCCGAGAUCAAUGCUGUGCGGCGCCGCGAGCUGCUCCUUGUUUUGGCUGACCAGGUCGCUGCCGUGCCGCUGGCGCUGCUGCCGCGGCUGCUCGCGGAAAUCCACCCGCGCGUGCCGUGGUGGAUGAGCUGCAAGAUAUUGUAUUGA